CUGGAAUGUUCUAGAUUGCAAACCGUUAAGGAGCAGUAAUUUGUAGGGUCAGGAAAAGGCAAGGAUCACAGCACAGUUCAUUUAGGUGGACAGUCAACAGAGUGAUAUGCGACACUCUUCGGAAGUAGGUGAUUAUAUUUGCAUGCUUCUCAUCAACUCAACAUCUUAAAUUAAUCCAGCCCAUCUUAUGCUUGUGGUUAAGGAUCUCCAGGGAAAGAGAACUACAGCAAAAAAAAGUGGACACACUUUUUUUAAGUGUAAACUAAACCCCUCACCCAAAUGUUCUGAUUCAUGUACAUUUGAAAUGUGAGAUGCCUAGUGGAUACGACAGGUAAUUAUGACUUAUAUGAUUACUUUUCAAAUACAUUUUAGAGCAUCCUAGAACCUCUCCUUUCUUAGCUCUGUUCAUUACAUUCUGAUCACUCUCUUUAUGACAAAACAGAGGCUUUUAGUCAUUUAGUCUCUAUGUGGCCCUUCCUUGACUUUCCCACGAGAGUCCUGGGUAUGUAGUUCCAGAAUUAGAUAGGAAUUUGUGGAGGAUGUUAUAGACUCCUGAUAGGCUGAAAGUGGAGUUCCUCUCUUGUAGCCAACGUCCUCCUUCCCUAACCCCCACACACCCACUCACUACACAGUGGCCAUCACGUUUGUUCUGUAGGACAGAGGAAACUGAAUCCUAAGGGUGAACUCGGGAAAGAUAAACACAAAGUCCAGCACGUUCCUAAUUCAGCAGCACACGCGGUUUUACGUGUCUUAUAGUUAAUCCAUGUAAUUUGUUUUCAAUCUCUUAAUUUAAUUACUUUUCUUGAAAAGAUGCCUGGGACAAGGCCAACAUUGGAGGGAGGAAUGUCACUAGGUCAGGAUCUGGAAACAAUCAGCUCUUAUGGUUUUAAGGAUGAAGCGCCAAUAUCUUAAGGCACCUGAAUUCCUGCCCUACAGGAAGCCCCAGUGAGGAGUCAGCCGGGCAGCCAGCCAGUCUGCCAGCCAGCCCGCCGCGGUCGCUGCAGCUGCCGCCGCCGCAGCACAAGGGCAGACGCGCCGCGGCGCGGGGCUCGGGCCGGGGCGCUCGGUGCCCUCGCUCCUCGCGGCGCCCGCCGCCGCGCAGGUUUCUUAGUACCACACACUAUGGAGUGUUAAUGUAAUCAACAAAGGGAUCCCUGGUCACCUCCCUUGUCCUGUUCUUCCUGGAUGGAACAAGAAGAUAAACAGGGCAUGUGUGAAGCCCAGGACUCAGCAAACAAAGGGAUGGGCUCCGAUUUUGAGAACUCUGAAGACAGAGAAGGGGACCCAGAAGAAAGAGGAACGAGCUCUAAUCCACAGGACGCAGACAAGAGAGAAGGCCACCCAGAGCAGGAGAUGGGCUCCCACCCACAGGAGGAAGCUCUAAGAGAGGACUCAGAGGAGAGGGAACUCGUGUCUGACAUCUGCACAGAGAGGCUGCUGAGUGAGGAAGAGGGAGCUCUCCGCGAGGAAGAGGAUGACCAACCCGCUGUAGCUGAGAUGGCAAUGUUCCCAGGACUGUCAGAGUCCGACAGCAUACCCCGGAGCCCCCCUGAAGAGGAGGAGGAGGAGAGUGCUGGGGAGAACCGCCUAGAGGAGGAAGAAGCGCAGCCGCCCCCUCCCGUGCUUCCCUGGAGGCGGCACCUCUCCCUGGGCGGCCGGCAUCGGGGCGACAAGCCGGCGCACCGCCGCUUCCGCCGGCUCCACCACCCCAUGGCCGUGGACCUCGGAGAGCUCGACAGCCUGAUGGCCAGCAUCAUGGACGCGCCCACCAUCUGCCCUGACUGCGGGGAGAGCUUCAGCCCGGGCGCCGCCUUCCUGCAGCACCAGCGCAUUCACUGCCUGGCGGAGGCGGCCGCCGCGGCCAGCCUGGAGCCCUUCGGCUUCGCGGGCGAGUGCGGCGCGGUGGUGGGCAUGAUGGGCAUGGGCGUGGCGGGGGGCUUCGGGGCGGGGCCCUCGCUGGCCCGGCCCCCGCGCGAGAAGCCUUUCCGCUGCGGCGAGUGCGGCAAGGGCUUCAGCCGCAACACCUACCUGACCAACCACCUGCGCCUCCACACGGGCGAGCGGCCCAACUUGUGCGCCGACUGCGGCAAGAGCUUCAGCUGGCGCGCCGACCUGCUCAAGCACCGGCGCCUGCACACGGGCGAGAAGCCCUACCCGUGCCCCGAGUGCGGCGAGGCCUUCAGCCUCAGCUCCCACCUGCUGAGCCACCGGCGCGCGCACGCGGCGGCCAGCGGCGCGGGGGCGGCGGCGCUGCGGCCCUUCGCCUGCGGGGAGUGCGGCAAGGGCUUCGUGCGCCGCUCGCACCUGGCCAACCACCAGCGCAUCCACACGGGCGAGAAGCCGCACGGCUGCGGCGAGUGCGGCAAGCGCUUCAGCUGGCGCUCGGACCUGGUGAAGCACCAGCGCGUGCACACGGGCGAGAAGCCCUACAUGUGCUCCGAGUGCGGCGAGACCUUCAGCGUCAGCUCGCACCUCUUCACGCACAAGCGCACGCACUCGGGCGAGCGGCCCUACGUGUGCCGCGAGUGCGGCAAGGGCUUCGGGCGCAACUCGCACCUCGUGAACCACCUGCGCGUGCACACGGGCGAGAAGCCCUUCCGCUGCGGCCAGUGCGAGAAGCGCUUCAGCGAUUUCUCCACGCUCACGCAGCACCAGCGCACGCACACGGGCGAGAAGCCCUACACGUGCAUCGAGUGCGGCAAGAGCUUCAUCCAGAGCUCGCACCUGAUCCGCCACCGCCGCAUCCACACCGGCAACAAGCCGCACAAGUGCGCCGGCUGUGGCAAGGGCUUCCGCUACAAAACGCACCUCGCGCAGCACCAGAAGCUGCACCUGUGCUAGGGCUGGGCCCCAGGGGGCCUGCCCUCUGUCCGGGGAGCAUGUGGGGAGUAGAUGUCUGGGGACAAACCCUAUAGAAACGGGGAAGGGGCGGGAGGGACAAUCUGAGAGUGGCUGGGGAGACUUUUGGUGUUAGGGGGUCUUGGGGGGGUGGCUAAGAGGUGUUCUUUUAGGGUGCUAUAUUUUGCCUGCCUCCUCAACGAAGAGCGUGCUGGGAGCUCUUGGGAGAUGUGCUUGAGCGUGAUGAGUUUCUCAAAUACACGCCAGAGGGGUGAGGAGCGUGGAGGAGCAAGCACUUUGAGGACCUUGAGGAAGGGGCGUUAGGGGGUGGGGCAGGGGACAGGAUGUCAGGCAAUAGAGUAGGUUGGGCUGCGAUGGCCUGUGGGAAUCGGGAGAGGGUGUGGCUGGAGUUAAGGGUUAUAGGGUGAAAUAAAAGGCCGGUAUGAAUAAUUCUAUCCUGGUCUCGCCAGGUGUUAAGCCACUGCCC